AUGUCCUUCUGCUUUUACAUCCUUGAGAAGUUGGCUUUCAAGGUGUCAGUAACCCUUACGUUGAUCUACAAGUGUGGAAGUACACUACAAGUGUCUUUGUUAGAAAGAGAUAACAUAGAAGAUACAAUUCAGAAGAUAACCACCACUCAGGAAUUCAAAGAAAGGAAAAACCAAACAACUGUCAUGGAAUUCAUCUUCCUGGGAUUUUCAAACCACCCUGACCUUCAGGGAUUGUUUUUUCUCUUGUUUUUAAUUAUUUACUUGAUAACUAUCCUAGGAAAUACUCUCAUAUUAGCUGCAAUUAAGAUCAACCCUGUCCUUCACACCCCUAUGUAUUAUUUCCUCAGUAAUUUGUCUUUCCUGGACAUCUGCUACACGUCCACCACUGUCCCCAUUAUUCUAGUAAACUUUUUCCGAGAAAAGAAGACCAUUUCCUAUGAAGGUUGCCUGGCCCAGAUCUUUUUCCUUGUUACUUUUGCAGGCUGUGAGUGUGUCCUGUUGGCUGUUAUGGCUUAUGAUAGAUUUGUAGCCAUUUGCCAUCCAUUACGCUACCCAGUCCUUAUGAGCAAGAGAGUCUGUGCCUAUUUAGCAGCUGGGACUUGGUUGUACAGUAUAGUGAAUUCUCUGAUGCACACAGGGCUCACAGCAACUCUCAGUUUGUGUGGUCCCAACCAGAUCAGCCAUUUUCUCUGUGAUAUCCCUCUGCUCCUGAAGCUCUCCUGCUCAGAUACUUCAGCCAAUGAGGUUGCACUUUAUGUAUCCAGUGCCACCUUUGGUCUGAGUCCCUGCCUGUUCACUGCUGUCUCCUAUAUCCUCAUUAUCUCUGCCAUUCUGAAGAUCCAGUCUGCUCAAGGGCGGCAGAAAGCCUUCUCCACCUGUGCCUCUCAUCUCACUGUGGUGGUCAUCUACUAUGGAACCAUCAACUUCAACUAUGACCGGCCCAGCUCAGGCUACUCCCUGGAUGUGGACAUCCUGGCCUCUGUUUUGUUCUGUAUUGUUACCCCCAUGUUAAACCCCAUCAUCUAUAGCCUGAGAAACAAGGAUGUCAAGGAUACCCUGAAGAAAUUAUUUGAAGGGUUUGUGUCAUCCUGUGGUUCAACUGUUUAG